AUAGACUUGUGACCAAAGAGUAUGUAAAAAGCUAACGCUAAUGUGACGCCUGUCAUAUUUUUUUUUAUUGCUCAUUGAGACGAUGGAAAAAGUCCUAAAGUCCGUAGAAUCCCCGUUUUGUGAAACUUGAAAUGUUUUUAUUUUUAUAAAAUUACUAACGCAUAGAAAAAAUCUGUGAUUUUUUUAGGAUGAUACGGAGGGUUAUUUAUAUCAUCAGAAAAAUUAUGAGCGUUGUCGAAUUUUUUCGGAUAUUCCCCUUUAUCACAAAAAGGCCGCAUAUUACUCGUAACUUUUUUUUAUCUCGAUCACUGUCAAUUCUGUCAAUUUGUAAUCAAAUCAUAGAAAUAAAUAACAAAAUUGAUUUCAUUUCAAAUUAAUAAAGGAGCUUAUAUUGAAAAGGCCGUUGAAAGCAGUUCAGUUGAAAUGAAUCCUAAACGCAAGAAAAUACGACAACACGACAUCAUUUACGAUAACAUAUCAAGGGAUGCGGCGCCGAAGCGGGGGUACUACUCUGAAUUAGUUUCUGAGAUGACCAGAGAUGAUCAACCCCGAGAGACCUGUGCCAAAAAACGAAUGAAGUUGAUUUUACAGGCGAAGACAGACAAGCUAGCCCCCAUGUUAGUGUCUCUACCGAAGCCUCAGAGACCGAAACUGCUGCUGCCGCCUGGACGUUGGACCACGUAUCCCGAUGACGACUCUAUAAAAUUCCCGUUUGAAACUUUUGUGCCGAAGCUGCAGUUCCUAAAUGUGGUAUUGCCGAAGGAAAUGCCGAGACUCGUCAAGAUAGAGAGGUUGAGGCGUAAGUUUCUUGCCGUCAAUAUCAAAAAAAUGCUGCGUUCGUAUGGCAUCCAGCCGUUUUGGUUGCUACCACCGUCCGAAUACGACUUGACUGAUGAAGAAUACUACAGUUUAUACAGCCCAUAUCCAAAAUUGGAUCUUGAAAUAUUUGAUAAUACGGACUUCGAUUGCAGGACUCCUGAAGAAUGGAUGGGCCUGGGACUGAUCGAGGGAGAGCAGCACCCGUGCCCGGGCCUCGCCUAUAUCCCUCGGGACGAGACUAAAACCAAAAAGAUUUAUGGAGGAGACAAGAUUCAGAUAUUCAAUAAUAUAUACGAUUGGACCAACGCAGCAGUGUUUAGCUUCGAUAAGAUCACUGAUAAAUGGCACAUCAUGGCGUUGGAUGGCACCAAGCGGCGUUUCGACAUACCUCGCAUAAGACUCAUGUUCAAAGCCGAUGAUCCAGAAACCUUCGUACAAAGAAUCAAAUUCGCUGUCGACCAUCGAAACGAGGUUGAGAAUAAUAUAAGGUUCUACUUAUAUUUGGAUUGCCUGAUGUUGCACGCGUUACCGGAGAUUCCUAGUAAUUGGAUGGAACAGAUUAUGGGAUUAGUUCGUUUGAACAAAAAGAUUGUACCAGACGAAGUUCAGCUAAAUAUUCUUCGUCAAGAAGCAGAAAAUCUGUAUGCAAAAAUGCAAGGGAAGAUGGUUAUCCUCUACACUAUGCAGAUAUAUCCUACAUCUUACAAUUUUAUUAAUGAACCAACUCCAGAGUACGUGUGGCGUGUACCAGAAUAUUGUUGUUAUCCUUGCCUUAUGGAUGACUUUCCUGGCAGAGUGAAAUACAAUCAGUGGUACUCACUAUAUGUACUAUCGGAGUCUGUUUCCUGCAUUCAUUUAGUUGUGGAUGAAUGUUUAAAGGUGGAAUCAAUGCUGUUUUUCACUUCAAAUUACGGCAGAAAUGUAAGUUUGGCCGAAUUCGAUGCAGCCCAACAACACACGACUACAAUGAUGUUGAAAUAUCUAAAUAUCUCCUGGUUGAAUAACAUUGCACACGCCAUCCGGAUGUCUUUCCGGGAUGUCGGGAAAGGAUCGUUUAAUAUAUACGAGAAGAAGUGGGAAUUUUAUAUUGUCAGCAAACUGUAUCGCUUUAUGCAGCUGGUCAGAUUUCGCAUGCAAUAUGCCCUGAGGUAUUGCAUAGAGCAGUCCAUGGCAAUGUUUGUCUACAUGUGCGAAACCCCCUGCCUAUGCACUUACGAUUGUGAAGAAGACUUCGAGUGGGAUCCUCAGGACCUUCUCAAUUCACCGUUCAGGUCGCCCACGGUUACUCUGUUUUACUUCUACCUGCUAAUGUCGGCAGAUGGACCUUAUUACAGCACUGAUACAGCCCAGUUUGAGAUUGUAAUUCAGAGGCUAUUUAGGGAAAUGCUGUAUCGUUGCCACUUCAUACCUCAAGUGCACCCCCGAGUGUUGACUGGAAUCGUCUUUGAUAAGGAGCUGUUUCUAACAUCUAUUGGUCUUCUGGAAUCUGCCGUUGUGGAUUAUAGGGAAAGGCUUUUGAAGGCGUAUAGAAAAGCUAUAAUCCCACUGCACGCAUACUUGCGUCAGUAUGAAUGUUUUACAGAACUGUUUAACAUGGAUAUUGAAGCUUAUGUGGAAGCUCUUCGCGCCGAGAAACUAACAGCAUCAGCCAUUCGAGAGGAAGUGCAGAAACAUUACGACGCCAAGCAGGACUUGAUAUGGCGGCUGCCACAAAUCAUCAACAUUGGCCCCUUCUCUCUGAACGUUGACACUCUGAAGCAAAUACUAGUAAACAAACGGUCGGACAUCAUCAAGGCGGUUCUCGCGAUGUGGGCCGAAGAGGUCCGUCUGGUGGUGGAUGACGUCAUCGCAGCGUUCAAGACGAUGAUGAGGAAGCUAGCGGAGAAGCCCAACUCCAUAGAGCACGUUUUUGAAAUCCGGGAGUGGAUGGAGUCCAUACCCUUCGCCUUAAAACAACAGGAGGAUAUCAUGAGGAAGGUUUUCUCGGAUUAUGAAGUUCUGGAUGCCUUUUUCAUGGCGCUUGAAAAUGAAGACUUCAACGCCCUCUGGGAAGCAGUCGGCUGGCCUCUGAAUAUUACGAAACAGAUGGUUCUUACUUACGAGUUCUUAGAAGAAGAACAAGAGAAAUUCUGGAAGCUUCACCAACAGGAUGAGCAGAAUCUGUACGACAAGAUCGACUUGUUCACGGCCCAGUGUAUGCAGCUGACACUUCAGAACGACUUUAGUAAGGUUCAUGAAAUAGCCAACGAUAUCAGAAAUGCAUGGAAGGGCAUGAGAGACGCUCAAGAUUGGGGCCGGAUACUGAAUCAGCGUCAGAAGUUGUUCGGCCAGCCGGUAGUGCCGUUUGUGGAAUUAAAUAAGUUGGUCAAAGAAUUUGAACCUUAUAGAAAUCUGUGGGUGACUGCCUCAGGCAAGUUUUAUGCCAAAGAGAUUUGGUUUGACAAUCCGUUAAUUUACGUGGACGCUGACGCCAUAGAGCCGCAAGUGAACGAUUACUACAAGACAAUCGUCAGAUGUAUCCGCACCUUCUCAGAUAUGCCCAAAAUACAACAAGUAGCCAUUCUUAUUAGGGAUGAGAUUGACGCAUUCAGGCCGCUCAUCCCGAUCAUACAAGCUGUGAGGAACCCAGGGAUGAAAGAGCGGCAUUGGCAGGAGUUUAUGGAGCGAGCUGGCAUAACAAUAACAAUGAACGACAAGCAGACAUUCUCGAUGUGUCUGAAGCAAGGGGUCGCGGCACACGGUGCCCUGAUUGCAGAGAUUGGCGAGCUGGCCAGCAAGGAGUAUGUGAUAGAACAGUCUCUGGACAAGAUGCAGGCAGAAUGGGCCACGAAGGUUAUGGAGAUUACGCCCUACAAGAAUACGGGAACAUACAUAAUGAAGAUACCUGAUGAAACGCUGCAGAUGUUGGACGAGCAUCUGAUGUUGACGCAGCAGCUCGGGUUUAGCCCCUUCAAGGCAGCCUUUGAGCUGCGCAUCCAAGAGUGGGACGACAAACUGCGCUUAGCUCAGAAGGUGGUCGAUGAAUGGAUAGAGACGCAAAAAGAGUGGAUGUAUCUGGAGCCAAUAUUCACAUCGGAAGAUAUAUCUCGACAGUUACCGUUAGAAGCUAAGAAGUAUGGCACGAUGGAGCGUAUUUGGAGGAGGAUUAUGGGUGCUGCAAUUGUAUGCCCUAAGAUCAUGGUGGUGUGUCCAGACAGCCGUUUGCUGGACAGCUUGACUGAAGCGAGGCACUUGAUGUCGGUGGUGUCCCGCGGCCUCAGCAACUACAUGGAACUGAAGAGGCUCCGGUUCCCGAGGUUCUUCUUCCUCAGUGAUGACGAGCUGCUGGAGAUCCUGUCGCAGUCGAGGAACCCUCGCGCUGUCCAGCCGCACCUCAGGAAGUGCUUUGAGAAUAUCGCCAAGGUUACGUUUGAAGCAGAUCUGAAGAUCACCCAGAUGCACUCCAGCGAAGGAGAAAUUGUUGAUUUAAAGUAUACGUUCUACCCGACUAUGAAUGUUGAACAGUGGCUGUUACUAUUGGAAGACACUAUGAAGAAUACUAUUCGUCUGACCCUGAUUGAGGGCAUAGAGGAGAUCUGGCGCUUGCCCCGUGCGCAGUGGGUGCUCCGCUGGCCGGGGCAGGUGGUGAUCGCCGGCUCGCAGACUGCCUGGACCGCCGGCGUGGAAAACGCCAUCCGGGAAUACCGCCUCCAAGACUUCUUCCAGGAUAUGCUGCUACAGUUGGACAGCCUCCGAGCCCUGGUCAAAGGCUCGCAGCUAACUUUCUUCCAACGGGAGGUGUUGUGCGCCCUCAUCGUCAUAGAGGUCCACGCGCGUGACGUCACCAAGAUGCUGGUCGACGAAAACGUCAAGAACGUCACCGACUUCCAGUGGAGUUGCCAGUUGAGAUACUACGAAGUGGUAAAAGACAUGUAUCCUUUAGAAGAGGGUGAGAGUGCAGAGAUAUUCCAGGACGAAGAGAGGCUUGAUACGUCAGCAUUCUACCGACAGUUCAGUCAGAAUGUUGAAGAUGUCAGAGCUCUGAAUGCCGUGUUUAAGUACCAGAAUGAGUAUUUGGGAAAUAGCGGUCGUCUGGUGAUCACCCCGCUGACAGAUCGCUGCUACCUGACGCUGAUGUGCGCCAUGCACUUGAAGUUCGGGGGAGCCCCCGCCGGGCCCGCCGGCACCGGCAAAACAGAGACUACCAAAGACUUGGCUAAAGCACUGGCGGUGCAGUGCGUGGUGUUCAAUUGUUCAGAUCAACUGGACUUCAUGGCCAUGGGAAAGUUCUUCAAAGGACUUGCUGCGUCAGGAGCAUGGGCAUGUUUUGACGAAUUCAAUCGCAUUGACAUAGAAGUACUUUCAGUCGUUGCACAACAGGUGGUGACCAUUCAAAAGGCCCAAAUCGCUCGUCUAGAGAGAUUUAUGUUUGAAGGAACUGAUUUACCACUCAAGCCUUCUUGCUCCGUGUUCAUUACUAUGAACCCUGGAUAUGCCGGUCGUACGGAACUGCCGGACAACCUGAAGGCGCUGUUCCGUCCGAUAUCCAUGAUGGUGCCGGACUACGCGCUCAUCGCGGAGAUCUCGCUGGUGUCCUACGGCUUCUCCGAGGCGCGGGUGCUGGCGGGCAAGAUCACCACCACGUUCCGGCUCAGCUCCGAACAGCUCAGUGCUCAGGACCACUACGACUUCGGUAUGCGUGCUGUGAAAACAGUGAUCCUAGUAGCUGGCAACCUGAUCAGACAAAUGCCGGACGCAGAUGAGAGGCAGAUCGUGCUCCGCUCGUUGAGAGAUGUCAACUUACCCAAGUUCUUGGCGGAUGACCUGUUGUUGUUUAACGGUAUUAUAUCAGACUUGUUCCCUCGGGUCAAUAUACCCAUCGUGGACUAUGGCAUUAUGGAACACUCCAUCAAGAACAUGCUUGUCAAGAGAGGAUAUGAUGACCUACCAUCAUUUGUUUUUAAGAUCAUACAGUUAUAUGAAACCACUGUGGUUCGUCACGGAUUGAUGAUAGUCGGACCAGCUGGCGCCGGCAAAACUAAGUGCUAUGAAAUUCUCCGCGAUGCGCUGACCGCUAUCAAAGGGAAGCCGGGGCCAGAUGGCUUUCCCUUCACUCCAGUCCACACACACGUGCUGAACCCCAAGUCUAUCACCAUGGGGCAGCUGUAUGGGGAGUUUGAUCUGCAAACUCAUGAAUGGACUGAUGGCAUUCUAUCGAGCCUGGUGCGGGCUGGUAUUGCGGUGGAAGACAUGGACAAGCGUUGGUACGUGUUCGACGGACCGGUCGAUGCCGUGUGGAUCGAGAAUAUGAAUACGGUGCUAGAUGACAACAAGAAGCUCUGCCUGUCCAGUGGUGAGAUCAUGAAGAUGACGGAUCGGCAGCGGAUGAUCUUCGAGGUGGCGGAUCUGGCCGUGGCGUCUCCGGCGACCGUCUCGCGGUGCGGCAUGGUCUACCUGGACACGCAGGUGGUGGGUCUCCCGCCCCUCGUCAACGCUUGGCUGAAGAGCAAUCUGCCACCCAUCGCCGAAAACAUACGCAAGUUAAUGACGGGCCUGAUCCAAACAUUUCUGUACCCAGCCCUAGAAGUCCUUCGUACUCAGUGCGUGGAGAUAGUCAGGUCUAUAGAUUCGGCUCUCGUGCUGAAGUUUCUAGAACUGCUAGACUUCAGACUGAGGCCUUUGACCGGGAAGGACGACCGUCCGCCCCCUGCGCCUCCAUUUUUAGCUUUGAUGCCAAAACUGGCUCCUUGCUGGGUCGUGUGGUCUAUAAUCUGGUCCGUGGGAGCGACCUGCGACCACAACGGUCGGGAAGUGUUCUCUAACUUCAUACGGACCGCCAUGGACGAAGCUAAUCUGUCCAUGUUGUUCCCAAAGAAAGGCCGUGUCUAUGACUAUACACUCAAUGAUGGUGGUUUCACGGAUCCUACAGAGGACGGGGAACCGGCUGAACCGUUCUGGUAUCAUUGGAUGGAGUACUUGGAACCAUAUGUGGUAGAUCCCGAAUGGCAGUAUGCAGACAUCGAAGUCCCGACGCUAGAUAAUGUACGGAGCGCCGCCAUCUUGGGCUACAAGGUCCUGAACUACAACCACGUACUGUGUGUUGGGCCCACCGGCUCCGGCAAGACUGUCACCAUAACGGAGAAGCUCUCCCGAGGGCUGCACAAGAAGUUUGUGUGCGACUUCAUCAUGUUCUCGGCUAGGACUUCGGCCAAUCAGACUCAGGACUUGAUAGACAGCAAAUUGGACCGUCGCAAGCGCGGGGUGUACGGUCCACCCCCGACGAAGCGGCAAGUGUUCUUCAUAGAUGACCUCAACAUGCCAGCUCUGGAAGUGUUUGGUGCUCAGCCCCCGAUUGAGCUGUUGAGGCAAUUCAUGGACUUUUCAGGGUGGUACGACCGGCUGAACAUCGGUGAGUUCCGCACCCUGGUAGACGUGAGUCUGGUGGGGGCCAUGGGCCCGCCGGGGGGCGGCCGCAACCCGGUCACCAUGCGGCUGCUGAGGCACUUCCACUAUAUCGCCUUCACUGAAAUGGAGUACGCGAGCAAGUAUGCAAUCUUCAGCGUGAUCCUCAAAUCCUGGACGGCACAAUUCAACAAUGUCUCCAUACGAGAGGACGCGUUCCUCCGAGCCUCUCUGGACAUAUUCUCCACUCUAGUGGCAGAGCUGCUGCCUACACCCACCAAGUCACACUACACCUUCAACUUGAGGGAUCUCAGCAAAGUCUUUCAAGGGAUGCUGAUGAUGGAGCCAGUCGCUGUUAAGAGUGAAGAUGACGUGAUUCGUCUGUGGUAUCACGAGCAUCAGCGGGUGUACCAAGACCGGUUGGCCAGCACUGAGGACCGCCAGUGGUUUGUCAACUUACUGGAAAACAAGCUGAAGUCAGGUUUUGGCAAAAAAACAGCCGAUGUGAUUGGAGAUAGACUGAUGCUUUACGGAGACUUCAUGGACAUAGGCGCCGACGACAGAAAAUACGUCGAAAUCACUGACAAUGAUGAGCUGGAAGAGAUGAUCCAACGGUAUUUGGAAGACUACAAUUUGUCUACGACUGUGCCUUUAGACCUGGUGCUGUUUGAGGAUGCGGUCUCUCAUAUCUGUCGUAUUUCUCGCAUCAUGAGGCAGCCCAUGGCUAACGCUUUGCUGCUCGGAAUGGGCGGAUCAGGUCGACAAAGCUUGACUCGCCUUGCCGCAUUCAUGGCGGAACUAUCCUGCGUGCAGAUUGAGAUCACGAAGGCAUACGGCCAGCAGGAGUGGAGGGAUGACCUCAAGAUGACGAUGAUGAAGGCAGGCGCCGAGAACAGAGGAACCGUGUUCUUGUUCUCUGAUGCUCAGAUAAAAAUGGAAUCCUACCUCGAAGACCUAAACAAUAUUCUGAGCUCGGGCGACGUGCCGAACAUCUACGAGCCUGAAGACCUGGACAAGAUCUACCACUCAGUGAGGCAUGCCGUGAUGGAAAUGAACCUGGCUGCCACCAAGAGUAAUCUGUUCUCGUGCUAUCAGAAGCGAGUGCGGACCAACCUGCACGUCGUCAUUGUUAUGAGCCCUAUCGGAGAGAUAUUCCGCGCGCGUCUCCGCCAGUUCCCGUCUCUGGUGAGCUGUUGCACCGUGGACUGGUUCAGCGAGUGGCCCCGCUCCGCGCUCGAGUCCGUCGCCAAACACUACUUCACGCACAUGCCUGAGCUCGACGACACCCCUGAGCCUGUUAUAGACGCUAUUGUCUCUGUUGGUUGUUUCGCCCACGAGAGCGUCGUGGCAGCGAGCGCAAGGUUCCUUGAACAGCUGAACAGACGCAACUACGUGACUCCAAUGUCUUACCUGGAGAUGUUGGGGGCCUACGCCGACAUGUUCAAGAAGAAACGACAAGCUAUACUGACGGAGUCUGACGCUUUGAAGACUGGUUUGAAUAAGCUUAAUGAGACCGAGAUUGAAGUAAAGGAAUUACAAAUAGAGCUAGCGGAGUUAAAACCUUUGAUGGAAGCUGCUGCAGAAGAAACCAGGAAGGUCAUUGAGCAAAUCGCCCAAGAUACGGCUAUUGCGGAAGAAGCCCGUGAACAGGUGGAAAAAGAAACUGUUAUAGCUGAAGCCAUGGCAAAGGAGACUUCGUUACUGGCUGAAGAUGCCCAGAAAGACUUGGACGAGGCGAUGCCAGCGCUGCGUGCCGCGGAGAAGGCGCUUCAAGAGCUGAACCGGAACGACAUCGUGGAGGUGAAGGCCAUGAAGAAGCCCCCGGCCGGGGUGGUGCUGGUCAUCGAGUCGCUGUGCAUGGUCUUCGAUAUCAAGCCUGUCAAGGAACCUGGUGCCAAGUUUGGUGAGAAAAUCCUCAACUACUGGAAACCAGGCUCACUCAUGCUCUCCGAUCCAACCGCCUUCCUUGACUCUCUCAUGAACUUCGACAAGGAGUCGAUAACUGAAGAUGUCAUUAAGAAGUUGAAGAGAUUUGUAGUGGAUCCCUUGUAUAAGCCCGAGAAGAUUGCACGGGUCUCGAAGGCGUGUCAGUCGCUGUGCAUGUGGGUGCACGCGAUGUUCAAGUUCUAUCAUGUCAACAAGGCAGUCGCCCCUAAAAAGGCAGCACUUGACAAGGCCAUGAAGGAAUUGAGUGAUGUUCAAGCACUACUCGACGCAGCCAAAGCAAAGAUGCAAGCCCUCCUAGAAGGCAUUGCGAAACUAAACGCAUACCUUCUAGAGAAAGAAGAAGAACGACUGAAGACGGAGGAAGAUAUAAACCAAUGUCUUGCCCGAAUGGAUCGCGCUAAUAGAUUGCUCAAUGGAUUGUCAAGUGAAAGAGUUCGCUGGAUCAAAACUAUCAAAGAAUUGGAUAUUGCCAUCAACAAUCUUCUAGGCGAUAUUCUUAUUAGUGCUUGUGCGCUGGGUUAUAUCACUCCGUUUACUGAGGAAUAUAGAAGGGAUUUACUUCACAGCUGGAUAAAUCACAUGAAGAAAGUAGAAGUGCCGCACACUGAUGGUGGCACCCCCCUUUCCAUCCUCGGCGAUGAAGUGCAAAUAAGGACCUGGCAGAUGCACGGCCUGCCGCGCGACCCGCUCUCCGUGGAGUCGGCGGUGCUGAUGAGCCACUCGCGCCGCUGGCCGCUGGUGGUGGACCCGCAGACGCAGGCCAACAAGUGGAUCCGGUCGAUGGGUAAAUUGGAUGGGUUGCUAGUAGUGAAACCCAAUGAUAGAGAUUUGUUGAGAAACUUUGAGUCAGCCCUUCGUUUCGGGAAGCCGAUUCUUCUGGAAAAUGUCGGACAAGAGUUGGACCCCGCUUUGGACCCUGUUCUGAAGAGGCAAUACUACCGGCAAGCGGGCCAGCUGGUGCUGAAGCUCGGGGACUCGCUGAUCCCCUACUCCGCCGGGUUCCGUCUGUACAUGACCACCAAACUGCCCAACCCCCUGUACACCCCAGAGACCUCCGUCAAAGUGCAGAUUGUUAACUUUGCGCUGGUGCCCAGCGGUCUCUCGGAGCAGCUGCUCAGCAUAGUGGUGGCGCAAGAGCGGCCGGACCUGGAGGAAGUCCGGGGCCAGCUCAUUAUCUCCCGGGCACAGAUGGGGGUGCAACUGGCGGAGAUGCAGUCGGACAUUCUGUACGGACUGUCCAACAGCGAGGGGUCGCCUGUGGACGAUCUGCAGCUCAUCGAGACAUUGGAAGCUAUCAAAUUGAAGAGUGUCGAGAUUAUGGCAAAAGUGGAAGAUAUGGAGAAGACGACACUAGAGAUAGACGAGGCUCGGCAAUGCUACGUGCCCGUGGCUAACAGAGGACAGAUCUUGUUCUUCUGCCUGUCUGGAAUGGCGAACAUAGACCCUAUGUACCAGUAUUCCCUCGAGUGGUUCGUGAAACUGUUCAUUAAGAGUAUGGCGGAGACGGAACCUAAUGAGGACAUAAUAGAGAGGGUAGAGACAAUAAUGGACCACUUCACCUUCCUCCUAUACCAGAAUGUGUGUAGGAGUCUGUUUGAACGACACAAGCUGUUGUUUGCCUUCCUCAUGUGUGCCCGCAUAUUCAUGGACAAAGGGGUCGUCAAGCCUGCAGAGUUCCACUUCUUUGUCAACGGAGGCAAGAUUGAAGAGGAAAGCCAAAAUCCUGAUCCGAAGUGGAUCUCAAAGAGGAUGUGGUUGGAUCUACAACAGAUGGCAUCUGUUCCUUCACUGAGAUGGUUCCUUAACGAUUUUGUGGAUGAUCUUAAAUUCUUCAAGACUUACUACGACUCAUGGGUGCCUCAAAGGCUUCCUUUUCCAAAAGCUAUAGAGUCACGUCUUGACGCCUUCCAGAAACUGAUAAUAUUGAAAUGUCUCCGAGCAGACAAAGUGAUUCCGGCGAUGCAGGACUACGUGGUGCAGCAGCUCGGGGCGCGGUUUGUGGAGCCGCAGCCGGCGGACCUGGCGGCGCUGCUGGCUGAGUCCGACCCGCUGGCGCCGAUCAUCUUCGUGCUGUCCACCGGCACCGACCCCGCUGCUGAUCUGUUGAAAUUUGCUGAAAAAAUGAAAAUGGGCAAGAGAUUCGAGAGUAUAUCGCUUGGGCAAGGUCAAGGACCGCUUGCAGAGAAUAUGAUGAAAAUCGGAUGUGACUUCGGAAACUGGGUGUUUUUCCAGAACUGCCACCUGUCCCCGUCGUGGAUGCCGACGCUGGAGGCGCGCGUGGAGGCGCUGCAGCCCGAGCUGGUGCACCGGGACUUCCGCCUGUGGCUCACCAGCACGCCCUCGCCGCUGUUCCCCGUCGCGCUGCUGCAGAAUGGCUACAAAAUGACGGUGGAGCCGCCGCGAGGAAUCAAAGCGAAUCUGCUGAAAGCUUACAUGAACCAAGUGCCAGACUUCCUGGAAUAUUUCACGUCGGCAGAUCCGAAAGUACCCAACUUUAAGUGGCUUCUCUUCUCCCUGUCUCUCUUCCACGGGGUGGUGUUGGAGCGACGUAAGUUCGGUCCUCUCGGCUUCAACAUUCCCUACGAGUUCACUGAUGGAGAUCUGCGCAUAUGUAUCUCGCAAUUGCAUAUGUUUCUCACUGAAUACGCAGAUGUUCCUCUCAGGAUGCUGACGUACACGGCGGGCCACAUCAACUACGGCGGCCGAGUGACCGACGACUGGGACCGCCGCUGCCUGCUGUGUCUGCUGGCUGACUACUACAGUCUGGCCGUGUUGUCCGAGAGGCAUAGCUUUGAUGAACACGGCGCUUAUAAACAGCAAAGCUCAGCAGCUACUCUAGAUGACUACCUCACCUACAUCCGCACGUUGCCACUGAAUGAUGACCCCGCGUUGUUCGGCCUCAACAGCAACGCAAAUAUCAGCUAUGCCUGGUCGGAAACCAUGACUACUUUGACGAACCUGAGCGAGUUGCAGCCCAAGGAGUUGUCCCUAGGGGACGGGGAAUCCCCAGAGCAGCGCACCGCCGGCGCGGCCGCCGACAUCCUGGCAGUGUUGCCGGCGCCGCUGGACCUCGCCGCCAUUGCCGCCAAACAUCCUGUGCUGUAUAAGGAAUCGCUAAACACAGUGCUGAUCCAAGAGUCAAUUCGCUACAACAAACUGUUGGCUGUCAUCAGCAGUUCUCUGAAAGAUCUGCAGAAGGCUCUUAAGGGGCUGGUCGUGAUGUCGGAGGCGCUGGAGGGCAUGGCGGGCAGCCUGGCCAGGAACCUGGUGCCGGCCCUGUGGAGCUCCAAGGCAUAUCCGUCCUUGAAGCCGCUGGCGGCGUGGGUUAAGGAUCUGGUGCUUCGAGUGGAGUUCAUGCAGAACUGGGCAGACCACGGCAUACCGAGGGUCUUCUGGAUAUCUGGCUUCUACUUCCCGCAAGCAUUCCUCACGGGCGCCUUGCAGAACUACGCCAGGAAACAUGUCAUUGCCAUUGAUACCAUAGCUUAUGCUUUUGAGUACUUAACCCAACCGCCGGCUAAGAAGCCAGAGGACGGGUGUUGUGUGAGCGGACUGUUCUUGGAGGGAGCGAGAUGGAACAGUUCAGAAAUGACCCUCGAAGAGUGUCGUCCGAAGGAGUUGCAUACAGAGAUGGCGAUUAUCUACAUGAGGCCGGAACAGAACCACAGGCUGCAGCAGGGCCUAUACGAGUGUCCUGCGUACAAGACGCUGUUGCGAGCUGGGACGCUGUCUACCACGGGACACUCUACUAACUACGUCAUGACCAUAGAGCUGCCGACCCAUAAGCCGCAGUCACACUGGAUCAAGAGAGGCGUGGCGCUGUUCUGCGCUCUUGAUUAUUAGGCGGCUGCGUUCAAGAGGGGAAACUGUUCUGUAAUGACUUGACGCGUGUUACGCAGUAAGUUGCGUAAAUAAUGUAAACUGUGAACACUCAGCAUACUAUACCGAUAUCGAUAGUUGACCCAGUUGGUAGCGAAGAGUUUGAAUUCUAGGAAUGCAGCCGGUUUAGUGUAUGAAUUUAAGAUUAUGGGUAUUUAGGAGAAAAUAUCUUGUUUUAUUAAAUAAUAAUCCAUAUAACAAAAUGUUUUAAAUUUCUCAAACGACACUUUCGUUUUAUCCACAGUACUUCAGCUCCUUAAUAAAAUUCAAACUGCCUAGUCAUCGCUGGUUAAUCUCUAGCAUAUUAUUUUUCUGGGAAUUUCUUAGGCUUUUACGUUACGGUACUAACGCAUUAUUUUGGCAUUAAUAACGUAAAUAGCCUAAAUGUUUCAACAAAAACAAGAUUUCGGAUGCAGUUUUUUGAAGAAAAGCAUCAAUUAUGAUCUUCAAACAUGCUAUCUGGUACAUUUCUUCUAGUUCAUCAGUAGUUUCGUCACUAUACCUCGGAUCUAUGGUUAAGUUUAUCUUCUCUACAGCCGAUGAGCAUGACAAAAAAGAAAGAAUGUUUUUGACAGCUAUCUUCUUAUCGCCUAUCGUAUAGAGUUGUUUUACUUAUGUUAUUUUUCUAUCGUGUUCAACAGUUGUAAAUACCUUAUCUCUGCUUGCUUUUAUUCGCAAUGCAUUCUUUUUCAGAGUAGCAAUCAUCUUACCUUAUCUAAAGUAAACCUAUCACAUAGGUGUGCAGGGCUAAAUCUUCCAUACAGCAACGCGGCCUGUUAGCUACGUCUUCCGCCUGGUAGGUAUAGAAAUGUUCAUUUCAGUCAGCAGCUUGGCCAGUCAUGUUUCAGUUUUUAAAGCAUAUUGAUUAACUCACUCUGAUAGAGUUUGUUUGCACUCUUGGAGUUCGGACAAAAGAUUACAAUAGUGUUUCCUAUCGUCAUACUGUUGCAUUGAGAAUUCUGUAUAUUGAUCAAAAGUAGCAAAUUCUUUUAUGCUGCAGAUUGAUUCUGCUUUCCCUUCUAACUGGCUUAUGUACCUAAACAUAAUAGGUUUCUGAGGCUUUGUUACCAUGUUGAAUGCAUUUUGGCAGUUCAGUAUAUAUAAGUUUUUUUUUUUAAGUUAAAUUUUUCCAUUGAAGGGUUUAAUAAAUUUUAAUAUGUGUCAACUUCUUAUGAUUUGUAUUAAGAAAAAUAUUACAGUGGUGUAGUUACGAAAAAAAACAUGUAAACGACGCUACAGUGGUGUGGUUUAGUGGUGGCGUUUACAAUACAAGGGCAGAACGUUUUUUUUAAAUGAAGUUGAUCAUGAGCUGAGCCGUAUGUCCGAAGUUCAAAUAAAGCAUUUAUCAUUCUUAAGCCUUUGUGAGCUAUUACUACCAUUGCCUUCUAUUUUUAAUGCUUCCUCUAUGUUGUUAAAUUAGUAGGUAGGUAUACCGUCUUGUAGAUCCUGGUACGCUGGCCUCGAUGCAUCUUUAACGCUUCAUAACGGAUGUCUAGCUCGCAAUCCCUCAUGACACGGCCUAAGCUUUUAAUAAAUGUUUUGUCGUCA